AUGUCGGACGACAAACGCGAUCUUGAGCGGCGAACAACGCACAUCGUCGUGCCGUACACGGACGACGAGGAGGCGAGCAGCUCGGCGACAACCACUCUGCUGCCUCAACCGCAGGCGUCAACUUCAACCUCCAAGGCACGACGACGAUGUUGGCGACUAGCGGUGCUGGUGGGUGCGAUGCUCGCCAUGUGUAUCGGUGUGUUUGAGUUGCUGUUCCACGGUCGGGAGGUCGAGUCCCUACGCGCCGCACACGAGCAAAUCGCACAGCUCAAGCACGAUCUCAGCGAGCAGAUCCAAGGCGGAUACUACAAGAUCAUGGCUGCCACUUACCUCCGCCCAUCUACAACGAGCGACGUAGAUCCAAAACUGAAGGCGGUGAUGGAGAAAUCGGUCAUCGUGUUGAAGACCGGUUCGUCGGUUGCGUACGAUCGACUUCCCGUCCAGCUCCUUCUGGCACAGCAAGCCCUCCACCCCGAAGUAUACCGCAGUGGAGAGGAUGGGUACAAGGGUCCUCAACUGCUGCUGUACUCGGAUGCAGAACUGCAUCUGGGGGAGUUCGAGGUGCACAAUGCCCUCGCCAACGUGUCGGACUAUGUUCGAAAGCAGCCGGAUUUCGCUCGACAGUAUGCGCAGUUGCAAAAGCUGUUGCAGGACGAUGACCUGGCGAGAGUCAAGGAGUUUCAGGAUGGGUGGAACCUGGACAAGUGGAAGUUCCUAUACAUGUGGCAAGAUGCAUACCACCGUCAGCCCGAAGCAGAGUGGUAUAUUGGAUACGAGGCCGACACAUAUGUUCUGUGGCCAUCGCUAUUCGCCUACCUCGGCACGCAAAACUCGAGCCAGCAACAGAUGUAUGGAUGCGCAUCGAUCCUGGUUCGCAACCAGGAGCUGUUUGCCAACGGUGGAUGUCCGUACGUCAUCUCGAGUGCCCUGAUGCGAGCCACCUUCGGCAAGGAUACGGAUUUUGCAGCAAAGUUCGACAAAGAGGUCGAAGCGUCCUGCUGCGGGGAUGCCGAGUUGAGCAUCGCGCUGCGGAAAUCAGCCAGUCCACCGAUCCAAGAGCUGGCGCCCACCGGGGGGAGGUUCGUCAACGACCGUCCGCAGGAGAUCACCUUUGACGAGAACAACUUCUGCGAACCGGUAUUCAACUUCCACCAUCUUACGCCGACCGAGAUUCAGUGGCUCGCCAACAUGGAGCGCCAGAUUCGUACCGCCAAACCUAACGCACCCGUGCUGUCUGCGGAUAUCUUUGAUCACGUCCUACCGCACAAGCUCCUGGACGCCGUAUCGGCAGCGGGGACGAAAAGCAAGAAGGGUGUGGAGCUGAAUCCGAUGCUGGAGGAUUGGGAGGCAUUCGGGAGCGGGGAUAACGGCGUCAAGAAGGGCAAGCGAAGCAAGGAUGUGGAGCAAUGCAAGGCCGAGUGUGUGGCGAGCGAGGGAUGCACGACGUGGUUCUGGAUCAAGGUCACGGAGACCGACGAGGACGGCGACUGCUACAUGCUGCACGAUCGCGUGCGCGUGGGCAAGGCGUACAAGGGCACGGGUGUGCGCACGAGCGGAUGGAUCGGCGAGCGUGUGCUCGACUUUAAGAACAAACACGAGUGCAAGAAUCCGCCCACCGUCUAG